AUGACCGUCGCUGAAUCGGUGAAAAGUGCCGUUGGGCUUGUGGAUUCUCCCGCUUCCCAGCAAGAGAUGUCCGAUGCCCGCCUCCCCAUUCAGUAUCGGGAUACCUGUGCACACCUCCUGAUUCCAUUAAACCGAUGCCGGCAGCAAGAGUACUACCUUCCCUGGAAGUGCGAGGAUGAGAGACACAGCUAUGAAAAGUGCCAGUAUGAGGAAUUCAAGAGACGUGUUGCCAAGAUGGAUGAGCUUCGAGCUGCUAAGGCUGGUACUCGGAGCAACUGA